CCACCAAUGCGGAAGAGUUAGAGGAACAUAUUUCGAGCUGAGCUGCUUACUGCUUAUAAUCAACGUCAAAUCCAAUCCCACAUUUCUGAUUUCUCUCAUUUCUUCUUCUCUUUAUAUUAAUAAUCAUUCUACUUGCUAGCUGUUCUUGUUCUUCUUGUCGUUUGAUUUUUAUAAUUAAUUAUGAUGGGCAACCCAGGCGUACUUCCUGUGCUCUUCUUCUUUAUCGCAUUCAAUCUCACUGUAGCUCAUUCCCUUCCAUUCAUCGUCUUGCAUGGCAUUGGAGAUAGAUGCAAGAAUCAUGGAAUCGGAAACUUUGUUAAAGAACUAAGUGAAUGGUCUGGAGCACAAGGAUACUGCUUAGAAAUUGGAAAUGGAUCAUGGGAUUCUUGGACCAUGCCCCUAUUAAAACAGACAUCUGUUGCCUGUGAGAAGGUAAAGAAGAUGAAAGAGCUUAGACAGGGUUACAACAUUGUUGGACUUUCUCAGGGAAACUUGAUCGGUAGAGGGCUUAUUGAAUUUUGUGAGGGAGGACCUCCUGUAAAGAACUUUGUAUCCCUUGGAGGUCCACAUGCUGGCACUGCUUCUGUUCCAUUGUGUGGACAACAUCUUGCUCCAAGUGGCUAUGUUAAAAUACCAACAGAUAUUUCUGACUAUAUUGAAGGCUGCAAUUUUCUUCCAAAGCUUAAUAAUGAAAUAAGUACUGAAAGGAAUUCCACAUACAAGCAACGAUUUGCUAGCUUACAAAAUUUAGUACUCAUCAUGUUUGAGCAGGAUACAAUUUUAAUACCAAAAGAAACAGCCUGGUUUGGUUACUAUCCAGAUGGGGCAUUUCAUCCUGUUUUGGCACCACAGCAGACUAAGCUCUAUAUUGAAGACUGGAUUGGCUUAAGAACUCUAGAUGAAGCUGGGAAAGUUAAAUUCAUUAGUGUGUCAGGGGAUCAUCUUGGAAUCUCAAGCAAUGACAUGAAAACUUACAUAGUGCCAUAUUUGGAAGACCAUAAAUCAACAGUUUCAAGGCCAAAAAUUGAAGAAUCUUUAUUUCAUGUUUGGAUUUCUUCCAUCCGGAUUUCUCUAUUGAAGAUGGUUGGGCUGAAUCAAGACUUGAAAUUAUUCUUGAAUUAACAGAAAACAAAAAGGGGUAAGUAAAAAAAUGAAAUAGCUAUUAAUCAGUGGAUUGCAGUGCAAAACAAUACUAUAUUUCUAUCCUUAUUACAUGAUAUUUUGUAAUUUUUCCUAUUGUAUUGUCAGUAUUGAUUAUUAUUCCAGAACUCUAUUUUUCUGGCCUUGAAUGCAAAUUUGAUCUCAAGUGAAUAUUUCUUUGUUGUA